CUUUGACUCUUUGACUCUUUCGUUUACCAGUUCCUCUUCAAGUCUUCAUCUUCCUUGGACAUAAUUGAUUAUUGUAAAAAUGGAAGAAUGAGGCAGGGAGAGGCUUUCACCUUUGCAGCACAAGACAAGGAGGUUCAUUUCACCUUUGCCAGUGACAUCGGCGCCUCUUCUACUUCUCUCUCCUCCCUGGCGAUCUCUCCAUUUUUUUUAAGGUUGCAAGUAGAUCAGCUUGAGAAAUGUGAAUUAUUUAGCUUUGAAGUGGGAUUUUGAUCAGAAUUUUGAAGGAAAAUCAUCACUAAUUUAUUUGCUGAUAACCCUAGCAGUUAUUACACUGGGGAAAGUGGUGCUUGUUUGACCUCCUUUCCUUUUGAAGUAGCUAUGCUACCCACUGAAGUAAAGGAAAGUCAACUCCGUGAGAGCAACAGCCAGAAAGUCCACCCUCAACCAAUGGAGGAGGCCAUGAAUCAAAACGUUGAAGCUAUAGAUGCCCUAAUAUCAAGGAUCUUUAAUAAUAUUUCUUCGUUGAAGACUGCUUAUAUCCAGCUCCAAUCUGCUCACACUCCCUAUGACCCUGAUAAAAUUCAAGUUGCUGAUAAACAAGUCAUUGCAGAGCUGAAGAAUCUAUCAGAACUGAAGCACUUUUACCGGGAAAAUAAUCCCAAACCUAUGUGUGUAUCUCCUCAAGAUUCUAGGUUAGCUGCAGAGAUUCAAGAACAGCAAAGUUUAUUGAAGACAUAUGAAGUCAUGGUAAAAAAGUUUCAGUCAGAAAUUCAGAAUAAAGAUUCUGAAAUAAAUCAGUUGCAGCAUCUAAUAGAAGAGGCAACUCAAAAGCGAGAAAAACUCGAAAAGAAUCUUAAGCUUAGGGGCUUGUCCACAAGAGAUUCAGAAGCUUCUGGAGAGCAAAAUGGAUUCUUCCCUUUGGAUUUGACUCCUGAUCUGUUUAUCUCAACUGUAGAAUCUGUAUACAAAGCUAUCCAUGACUUCUCAAAGCCGCUGAUCAACAUGAUGAAAGCAGCUGGUUGGGACCUUGAUGCUGCAGCUCAGUCGAUUGAACCAAGUGUUGUUUAUGCAAAGAGAGCGCACAAGAAAUAUGCAUUUGAAUCGUGCAUAUGCCAAAGAAUGUUCUUGGGAUUUCAACAGGAAAGCUUCACAGAGAAACCUGAAGAUGUUUCAGUGAACAGAGACAGUUUCUUUCACCAGUACCUUGCUUUGAGAGAAAUGGACCCGUUGGAUGCUCUAGGUCAGAACCCAGAUUCCAUAUUUGGUAAAUUUUGCAAGAGCAAGUAUCUGAUAUUGGUCCACCCCAAAAUGGAGGCCUCCUUCUUUGGCAAUUUGGAUCAGCGUAACUAUGUGAUGGGCGGUGGGCAUCCUCGCACACCAUUCUACCAGGCCUUCUUAAAACUGGCUAAAUCAAUCUGGCUAUUGCAUAGACUAGCACAUUCUUUUGAUCCGAGUGUCAAGGUAUUUCAAGUGAACAAGGGAACAGAGUUCUCAGAGGUUUACAUGGAAAGUGUGGUGAAAAACCUGGUAGUUGAUGAAAGGGAGCAGAAACCAAAGGCUGGUUUGAUGGUUAUGCCUGGCUUUUGGAUUGGUGGCACAGUAAUUCAAAGCCGAGUUUACUUGACAGACAUGAAAGUGGCUGAGUGAGUCUUCUCUUUGAUGGCUUGAUUCACAAUCCUAUUUUGCUAUCCAGUAUGUAAUUUAAUGUUGUUAGUUUCAUUUAUGUUUAAGUGUGCAAGUCCAAUGUGUAGUUUAAGUGUAUGCUAAUGUGCUAAUUGUCUGGAGGACUCAAAACCCUCAAGGCCUGGCGCUUUAGUGUCCCAGAUAUGUUGAAAUCAACAUCUUCAAUUCGUGCUUUCCCAAUUCAGGUGCAACAUUUGUGCACCUGGUGGCUGUUGAUCCUCGAACUAUAGCAUAUUAUUAUCGGCGUAUAACUUUUCUUUGUGUUUUUGUUAGCAUUUGACUUGUGUAAGAAUGAUUCUGUACACGGUAUGACAAAGUUUGAUCCUCCCCUCUGCA